AUGAGAGGCGGGAUCCAAGCAUGCACUUUACCGGCCGGAUACCUCGGCUCCUCGCUGAUUGGCGCCUUACUGAUCUUUGCUGGGUUCGAUACAGUGGCCUCAAAAGUUGCUAGUAUUAUCUUGGCAGUGAUGCUCUUGAUCACUCUUUGGUGGGCUCGCAAUUGGCUCACCAGGAUCGUCGUGGUCAUCGCCAUCGGAAUCAUGGUCGCGUUUUGGUUUAUAGAUCAUGGAAGUCCGUUAAGAUUUUACGUCUUAUUUAAUGGAGUGAUGUCGUGUCUGUACAGUGUUUGGGACAUCGUAGACGACCUAGUGUUCCGGAAAGUGAACGAAUCAGAUGCCACCCAAUUCGCCAAGUUGUGUCCGAUCAUUCCUAGUCGAGUCUGGGGCGUUAUCUGGCUGCUUAUCUCCGUCAUCUUCAUGUUGGGAGGAAUCUUGGCCGGCUUAGCGGCGUUCAAAGACUCGACCAGUGAACAAACUUCAGCCUCUCAAAAGUUUAUACCGACUUGA